GCCUGUUCAAUCCAUGAGGUCAGGAUGCUGCUCCUCUGUCACGCUGUAGCUGUGGCUGUUGUCCACAUCUUUAUCCUCUCAGAAAACUGGGCAUCUGCCAAGAACAUCAACUUCUACAAUGUUAGGCCUCCUCUGGACCCAACACCAUUUCCAAAUAGCUUCAAGUGUUUUACCUGUGAAAAUGCAGGGGAUAAUUAUAACUGCAAUCGAUGGGCAGAAGACAAAUGGUGUCCACAAAAUACACAGUAUUGUUUGACAGUUCAUCAUUUCACCAGCCAUGGAAGAAGUACCUCCAUCACCAAAAAGUGCGCCUCCAAAAGUGAAUGUCAUUUUGUUGGGUGCCACCACAGCCAAGAUUCUGAACAUACGGAGUGUAGGUCUUGCUGUGAAGGAAUGAUUUGCAACGUGGAAUUGCCCACCAACCACACCAAUGCAGUCUUUGCUGUCAUGCAUGCUCAGAGGACAUCUGGCAGCAGUGCCCCCACACCCUACCUUCCAGCACUUGCUUGGGUCUUCAUGCUUCCAUUGCUAUGA